AUGGACGCCACAACACACGCGCAGCCCCUCGCGGACCGCCCAACCAACACCCACCUGGCCAACGUCAACACCGACAAGGCAGAUCUUAAGUCUGCAGACCUCUCAUCAAUGGAGCAGCACCGUCAAAUGCUGCAGGACAAGUUGGAUAGCGGCGAGAAACCAACCGCCUACGUUUCGCCCUCAGACGACAUCAUGAGCCCCUGCACGAAGAAAUUGAGUGAUAUCAAGGGCAAGCGUUUCAAGAAUGCUGGCAAGCCACAGUCACUGUUCGCGAAGCUCGGGAAGAAGAGCUAUGAGCAAUCAUCCGCCGAGCAAAGCCGCACAGUCGAAUAG